CUCAUGACCAAGGGGCUUCUCUUCUUCUUCACUUUUGGACGCGUCGGUCUGCUGGGCAUCAACAACUGGGUCUUCGUCCUGGCGGAGUUGGGCGGCAGCGGCGCGGGGGGCACGGCGCCGAUUCAGCCAUCGUCCUGGAUGUUCAACAGCGGCAGCUUUCAUGGCUGUAAGAGUGAUCCUUCAAAAACCGAACGUAAGGAAUAGAUACCAGCUCUACGCUCUGUUGGCGAGUCGGCCGAAAUCGAGGUCGCGGAAGUUGACAGCUGGGUCAUCUCUGCUAUAAAACAAGAGCUGCAUGGCAACUACCACCACGGCUUUCUUUCAACGACCUCCCGGAAACGUCCA